AUGGGAUGCUGGGAGACAUCUUUGCCGCCACGCCCCCUCCGCCCCCAUAGUGCCGCAUGGGAUGCUGGGAGACGUCUUCGCCGCCACUCCUGCGCAAACUUGCCGAGGAAGAUGCUCGCCGUUGUCUUCCGUGUGUUGUCAGGCAUCUCCCAGAGGCCGACAAGCCGAGUGCUGGUGGCAUCCAGCAAUUUUGCAAACGACGCUACCUUUGAAAUUAGGAAAUGCGAUCUUCACCGACUGGAAGACGGCCCUUCGGUCACCACCACGCUCACCAAGGAGGACGGGCUGAAGUACUACAGGAUGAUGCAGACGGUGCGCAGAAUGGAGUUAAAGGCGGAUCAGCUGUACAAGCAGAAGAUUAUCCGUGGCUUCUGUCACUUGUAUGACGGGCAGGAGGCUUGUUGUGUGGGCCUGGAGGCCGGCAUCCACCCCAGCGACCACAUCAUCACGGCCUACCGGGCUCAUGGCUUUGCCUACACCCGGGGUCUGACUGUCAGACAGAUUCUCGCUGAGCUGACGGGCCGGAGAGGAGGCUGCGCGAAGGGCAAAGGGGGCUCCAUGCACAUGUACUGUAACAACUUCUACGGGGGCAACGGCAUCGUGGGGGCUCAGGUGCCCUUGGGAGCAGGGAUUGCACUGGCCUCUAAGUACAACGGGAGAGAGGAGGUCUGCUUGACGCUGUAUGGCGACGGUGCUGCUAAUCAGGGCCAGAUUUUUGAGGCGUACAAUAUGGCAGCGUUGUGGAAACUGCCCUGUCUUUUCAUCUGCGAGAAUAACCGUUAUGGAAUGGGCACGUCUGUCGAGAGAGCCUCUGCCAGCACCGAGUACUACAAGAGAGGGAACUUCAUCCCGGGACUGCGGGUAGACGGGAUGGAUGUCCUCUGUGUCCGGGAGGCCACCAAGUUCGCAGCUGCUUACUGUCGGUCCGGAAAGGGGCCCAUCGUCAUGGAGCUCCUGACCUACCGUUACCAUGGACACAGCAUGAGUGAUCCUGGCGUCAGUUAUCGGACCCGAGAAGAGAUCCAGAAAGUCAGAAGCAAGAGUGACCCGAUCAUGCUGCUCAAGGAAAGAAUGGUGAGCAGCAGGCUCGCCAGUGUGGAGGAGCUCAAGGAAAUUGAUGCCGAAGUGAGGAAAGAAAUUGAGGAUGCCGCGCAGUUUGCCACUUCCGAUCCUGAACCGCCCCUGGAAGAGCUGGGCUAUCACAUCUACAGCUCCGAGCCACCUUUCGAAGUUCGUGGCACAAAUCAGUGGAUCAAGUAUAAGUCUUUUAGUUGA